UCCAGGAGGCUCAGGGCUCAGAUCUGUGACACUCACAUUUACCGAGUGGCCACCAAUGUACCACUGAUGUUGGAGAUCGAAGAUGAAUAUAGAAAGGUUAUUCUUGUCCACCUUUCUCCCAGCUUCCGGUGUUGGGUUUCAGUGCCCCUCGCAGUGCCUGUGGCCAAAGAAGUUCCCUAGCCCUUCAGGCUUCCUCUGCAGAGCAAGUGUCUAGCUCAGGAUGCUAGCGGGGGCGGGGGAUGCUGCACCUCCGGGACCGGCGCGCGCUCUGGCCACCUCGGCCCUUCUAGCAGGCGCCUCUCCUGUGGCCUGCGGUCAGUGUGAACUGCAGGGCGUGGGCCGGCAGGUCUGGCUGUGCCUGACGGGGGUUGGGAGCCGGAGGAAUCUCUCACAACGUGGCCCAGGCUGGCUAGGAGAGAGACCUGCCUGCCUGCAGGAGUCCCCAGCCUCUCCUGGCAGCCAGAGCACCGCACCGGAGGACAGCAGGCCCGCGUCCCAGACUGUCGCCUCACAGGGGUUCGCCUACCACCAGUGACGAACAGUUCUUGAUACACUUGAGUCACCUUCUAUAAACAAGAUGGCCAAGGAGAGAUUGACUUCAUCUCCAAGCCCAUGAGGGGUGAGGCCCCUUCUGGCCCAAAGAUGGGGAACAUCACUACAGACAACUCCUCGCUAACCUGCCCCAUCGACCACACCAUCCACCAGACACUGGCUCCAGUGGUCUAUGUGACCGUGCUGGUGGUGGGCUUCCCGGCCAACUGCCUGUCCCUCUACUUCGGCUACCUGCAGAUCAAGGCCCGAAAUGAGCUGGGAGUGUACCUGUGUAACCUGACCAUUGCAGACCUGUUCUACAUCUGUUCGCUCCCCUUCUGGCUGCAGUACGUACUCCAGCACGACAACUGGUCCCAUGGUGACCUAUCCUGCCAGGUGUGCGGUAUCCUCCUCUACGAGAACAUCUACAUCAGCGUGGGCUUCCUCUGCUGCAUCUCCAUUGACCGCUACCUGGCUGUGGCCCACCCCUUCCGCUUCCACCAGUUCCGAACCCUGAAGGCAGCCGUGGGCGUCAGUGUGCUCAUCUGGGCCAAGGAGCUGCUGACCAGCAUCUACUUCCUCAAGCACAAGGAGGUCGUCGAGGACGAGGACCGGCACCGAGUCUGCUUUGAGCACUACCCCAUCCAGUCCUGGCAGCGGGGCAUCAACUACUACCGCUUCCUGGUGGGCUUCCUCUUCCCCAUCUGCCUGCUGCUGGCCUCCUACCAGGGCAUCCUGCGGGCUGUGCGCCGCAGCCACGGCACACAGAAGAGCCGCAAGGACCAGAUCCAGCGGCUGGUGCUGAGCACCGUGGUCAUCUUCCUGGCUUGCUUCCUGCCUUACCACGUGCUGCUGCUGGUGCGCAGCCUCUGGGAGGCCAGCUGUGAGUUUGCCAAGAGCAUCUUCAACGUCUAUCACUUUUCCCUCCUCCUUACCAGCUUCAACUGUGUUGCUGACCCGGUGCUGUACUGUUUCGUCAGUGAGACCACUCACAGGGACCUAGCCCGCCUCCGAGGAGCCUGCCUGGCCUUCCUUACCUGCUCCAGGACAAGCAGGGCCAGGGAGGCCUACCCUCUGGGUGCCCCUGAGGCUUCUGGGAAAAGUGGGGCCCAGGGCGAGGAGCCUGAAUUGUUAACCAAGCUCCACUCAGCCUUCCAGACCCCUAACUCACUGGGAGUGGGAGGAUCGCCCACCGUCGGGUUGGCCUAGCUUGAGUCAUCCGUAUGUGAGGCUAGGUUAGGCCUGAGCUUUCACCAACAGGCCUUGUGGUCUGGAGCUUGUGUGGUGGCUGCCUCCCACAUUACCAUGUACGGGUGCCUCUUUCCUCAGGCAGGAACCGUGUGGUCUUGGGCCACAGCUAGGUCCCCCCUGGCCCCUGGAAGCCUGCUCUGUGUGCUGAGCCUGGGCCCUGCUGGGUGUGUGAAUGAGCCCAUAUUCUCUGCUCUACCUGAGCUACAUGUGGGAGAGAGGCAGAACUGUCUCUCCCAGGACGUUUGCAAAGAGCUGCAGGGCUGGGGCGUGGAGUGGGAGAGUAGGAGCCUGAGGGUUCAACUGCCAAGCCUCCCAGUGCAACUGUCACCUCACAUGAUGCCAGUCAAAAUGUGCUGUGGUCUUGUGUGACGCAGGAAGUUGGUUAAGGUGAAGAAUGGGGCUGGGGUGAGGUACUGGUGAGGAUGGGCAGGAACAGCAGCAGAGUGACGACCCAGGAUAUGCCCCAGGACCAGACACAUCUCACUUUUACAGGGCUGGCCGAACAAAUUCCCAAUCCCCAGGGCUGAUGGCAAACAAACCCCAGGGCUCUCUGGGGAGACGCCGGGGGCCCUGCAAAAUGUCAUCCUGAAGCUCAAAUAAGAGAACUUGGGCCUCAAGCUGUGUCCCUGACCAAGUUCCUGACUAGGGCUUUCCUUAAUUAGCCUUUUGUUUCCAUCUGACCAGAGUGCUAGCUAGACCUGAGAGCUUGAGGGAAGGGAGAGAAGGGGAAUAUAAAUGGCAGGGUGUCCAUGGCAACUGUGUGCCAAGACACUGAAACCAGAGUGAUGUGACUACCGCCAGGGACUCCUAGCCUUCACCACACCCUGUAGACCAGCCAGCAGCCUUUGAGAGGAGCGUGGCAGUUUCCCAGAGUUCCUAGGUACAACCAAACUAACAAAACACACAUCAUCAUGUCUCUUGACCACAGGUUUGGACUCAAGCUCCACUCUGGUAUGAAUAGUUCUUGUAGGAGAGUUGCCAGAGAUGGCUGCAUGCCAGAGAGACCCACACCUACCCCAGUAGGAACUUGCGGGGCAAUGGUGAUGGCUGAGUGUCGGCACCUCUUCAUUCCACAGUAUCCCUUCCUCCCCCUCCAUUUUGACCUGAAAUUCUGGAUUCUCGCUGGCUUGGACUGGAACAAGCUGAGCCUGGCUCCCCUUAUAACAGGGAGCUGUAUUUUUGUAUUGUCGUCUCUCUUAUGCCAAGUAUCCCUGUGUUGGACUAUGAGGUGGAUUCAUAUAGUGACUUCAGUCUGCAAAUAAAACAAAGUAACCA